UUUCACCUCCCACCAGUAUUGAUGCCAACAGAACAGAAAUAUUGCCAACAAAGACGGCAACAGUACCACUCAAUAAUGUCACCAACCUAACAACAACAACUGCCACUGGUCUGACUACACCAAACACCACUCAGAUUGUCACACAGUCUGUCAGCACUGAGCUAAAAAGUACAAGGACAGAGAUGUCAGCACCAACACCAACACAGCCACCCUUAAAUGUUACAACAUCAGCAACAUCAAAUGUCACUGGAAUUGCUUCACCUAAUCACACUAGGAUUGUUUCACCUCCCACUGGUAUUGACACCAACAGAACAGAAAUAUUGGCAACAAAGACACCAACACCACCACUUAUUAAUGUCACCAACCUAACAACAACAACUGCCACUGGUCUGACUACACCAAACACCACUCAGAUUGUCACACAGUCUGUCAGCACUGAGCUAAAAAGUACAAGGACAGAGAUGUCAGCACCAACACCAACACAGCCACCCUUAAAUGUUACAACAUCAGCAACAUCAAAUGUCACUGGAAUUACUACACCUAAUCACACUAGGAUUGUUUCACCUCCCACUGGUAUUGACACCAACAGAACAGAAAUAUUGGCAACAAAGACACCAACACCACCACUCAAUAAUGUCACCAACCUAACAACAACAACAGCCACUGGACUGACUACAUCAAACACCACUCAGAUUGUCACACAGUCUGUCAGCACUGAGCUAAAAAGUACAUGGACAGAUAUGUCAACACUGAAACCAACACAGCCACCGUUAAAUGUUACUACAUUAGUACCAUCGACUGUCACAGAAGUUGGUUCACGCCCAAUAACUACUGAGCUAAAAAGUAACAAUACAGAAAUGCAAACUAUGACACUGACACCUGUAUCUAAAAAUGUAACCACGCCAGUACCAUUUACUAUCUCUGAAUCAACUACAUUAAACACCACUCAGCCUAAUAAGACAAGAACAGAAAUACCAAUAUUGACGUCAAAACCACCUACCCACAAUGUUACCAACUCAACACCAGUAACUUCCACUGGACUGACUUCUGUUAACACAUCUGAGGUGGUUCCACAUCCCAACAGCACUGAGCCUAACAAUGCAACUGCAGAAAUACCCACAAUGACAUCAACACCACCAUCACAAAAUGUUAGUUACCCAGCACCAACCAAUGCCACUGCAAGUACAACUCUUAACACCACAGAGGUUUUUUCCUCUCCAUUAACUACUGAACUCAAUAUUACAAAUACAGAAAUGUCAGCAAUGACACCAACAUCACCGCCUCACAAUUUCACAUCAUCAGGUCUAUUAAAUGUCACUGGAAUGACUACAUCUAACACCACUGAGAAUGUUUCACAUUCAGUUAGCAGUUAUCUUAAUACUACAGAAAUUCCAACAAAGACAUCAACACUACCAUUCCAAAAUGUUACCACACAAGCGCCAUCAGCUGCCACCGGACCAUCCACUUUUAACACCACAAUGGAUGUUUCCCAUCCUAUAAGCACAGAGCUCAACACCACAGAAAUAACACCUACACAGGUUCCCCACAACACUUCUGAGAACGUAACCACAAAUAGUGUUUAUACAUCAAGAGCUCCAAUGGAAACGCCAGCCUCAACAACAACUGCAUCAACUAUCAGCAGUUUUUAUUCAGAAGACAGCCUUAUAUUAAUCCAGAAAAAUAUGACAUGGACUGCAGCUUUGAGCUUCUGCAGGGAACACUACGUCGAUCUUGUUCAGAUUACCAGUGGAGAAAUUCAAGACAAAGUGGCUAAGAAGUUGAAAAGCUCCACAUCGACUCACGUGUGGCUCGGCUUGCGUUACACUUGUAAUUUCAAAUUUUGGUUCUGGACCAGCUCAAAUGCUGACUGUUAUCAGAACUGGCAGCCAGAAGAAGGACCAGGAGGGGCUUAUGAGUGUGGUGUGAGUGGUGCCAUUCAGACCACUGGGGGGCAGCAAUGGGUUGGUUUGCCAGAGACACAGGAACUGAAUUUUAUCUGCCAGACAUGUGGUGGAUGAGAGUGGGCUGCAAGUAACAGUUGUUUAACAGUUGAAAUACUCAGUGAUGCUCAUUCUGUUUUAACUGAGUAUUUUCAGUUAACUUGAGUGAGGGUUAUGAGAUAUAAAUUGCCAAACUGGCUAAUGUCUCUGAACCAAAUGAGAUACAGUACAGUGGUUGCAAUUGUGCUGACAUGUCCUAAGGUGAAAUAUAGCUGCCUCUGCUGCUGUUCAGGCACAAUAUUAGCUGCUUGAGAACAUACUAUAUGCUGUAUGGAUGUGCGCACGCACAGAGAGCUUUGUCAGAAAAUUGAUUGGCUCUGAAAAUUUGAAUUUUGACCUCCUGGCUAAGCUGCCAAGAGUCUAUGUUUGAUAGCAAUACAGCCUUAAAUCCAACAGCAUGGCCCUCAGGAGUGCUUCUGGAGAAAACCAAGCAAGCCCAAUAGCUUUCUGUGUGGCAAAGAGUCACACAGAGCGUGACACAGAGCUAUGGUUACAGAAAAUAAUCUAGUUUUAGUACUUUUUUGGUCAGUGAUCUUUAUCACAGACCUAUGCUUUCAUUGGAGAAUUUAUCUAACUUUGUUAAUGUUCAUAGAUACAUAUUUUGUAUUAUGUGAAUUAUAGUUUUAAUAACAUCACAAACAUUCUUGGGUUUCUUUUUUUUAGAAUGCAAAUGACAGAUAAUUAACAUACCAGUAAAACCUGUCUUAAAUUGAAGGCUCACAUGUGCCGAAGAGGAUCAAAGAGAUAACACAAGGUGUGGUAUGAAAGACUAUGACGUUGCUCACUCUGUACUUGGUACUAUUGGUACUAUGAGCUAUUAUAACUUCUAAGCAAUUUGAAAUCCUGGUUAAGUGGUCACAUAAUGUUCCCUGCAAAACUAUGCAUGCCUCUUUGAUUUACAUUUUGUCACUUUGCAAGUAAAUACAUUUUGGAAUUUUGUUGUAAAACAAUGCAAACAAUAAUUUUAGAAUAUGAAAUUUUUUUCUAAAUAUAAAAGUAUAAAGUCUAAAAAGUUUGGUUU